GUAAACUUAUAAUUAAGCACGGCUAAACGUUGCUGCUGUACAUACUCACGCAAGUAGUCUGGCAAUCCACGUGACUAUAACGUGACGGCGGAAAACGAAACAUCUCGAAACCGUGAAGCCCGUGAGCGCGCGCUCUAAUGGCGCGCUUGGAAAUGUUCGGUUUAUGCACGCGUUCACGUUUUCCGUGGUGCCGAAUCGAAGAGCCGGCUUCCAGCGGAGGAAUAAGCAUGCGGUAUUGCGUUCGGCAGAUAUGACAAGCAUCCUUGUAAAUCUCUUCGAUGUUGUGGUGAAGAAAUCGUCGCGCUGUGCCUAUGCUUCGAGAUAUCCGCACAUCAGCGAACGAAGAUAUGACAGCUCCAAGGGGUGCACUUGUUUGUGCGUAGUACAAUCAUGUCAGCGAACAUGCGUUGUAGUUAGCACGCGCCGCUUAUUAACUGCGUUUGCUUCAGCGACAGUUAAGCACGAUGGUUAUUGCUAUGGAAUGUUGUGUGAUCUUCAUGCUUAUAACUAGCUGUUCUUCUCGAAACGUUCAUCUGCUGAUGGUGUUAGAAAGAUUGUGCAUUUUUGGCAUUUUCAUUAAGGAGUGAAUAACUUGCAAUAGCUAUUAUUACGAGGUGAAAGGAUUUGCGUGUGUGUGUGCGUGUGUGCGUGUAUACACAUUGUGUAAUUGCAUCGCGUAAAUAAUUCUUUAUCAUUAAGUUUGCUUUACGAUCGAGAGUGAUCGCCUGCUGGUUGCAUUCGUCCGGAGUGUCCCAGUGACAUUUUAUUCACGUUUUUAUUUAUAUUCACAUUAUUAUACAUCAUUCAACCUUGUCCCAAGCCCCCAGCCCCACCCCAUUUUUUAAAAUCAGGGUGUGUUAUUGCAACAUUUUCUGCCCAAGAAACAGCCACAUAGGGUUUGUGCACACCGAAUGACAACUCAAACUUGAUAUCAAUUUGAAAUUUUAGCAUCAGCAGCAGUGUCAACACCGAUUAGUGUGCUGUUGCAUACAGCCUACUUUCUUCAUUUCUUUAACUGGCAAUUCCACAGACAUACUUACUUUAUGUGUAUAUAAAUGUUCAGUUACAAACUUGACUGAACUCCAUUCUUACACCUGCGCCCAGGUAAGGUAAAGAACCAAUGGGCUAAGCACUAUAUUUAUCCGAUAAUUAUUACACGUUUAAGCAAUAAAUGGUCAAGCAUUGGAAGAAAUUAAAACAAGCUCAUUUAUAGCACUACAGACAUGCAAGAUUAAAAUGCGCUCAAUUCAAAAAGUGAAGAUGGCAUGCUCCCAGCCAUCAACCAGUGUUGUAGGUGAAACUUCAAUUGUUUUUUUUUUGAGGAGCACUACCUUUAAGUUGGCGUAUUUGCAUGAUUGUGUUCCAACUUUCAGUAGAUGACCGCUGGAGGCCUUCCAAGUUUGCAGUUGUUGCAGAGAGCCAAUAAAUAUUCUUGGUACCACGCAGUAACCGGUGCCUCGUUCGAGAAGGACAUACCGAAACUCUUACAUCGUUUGGGCACGCAAGGAAGCGGUACAGGCGUCAAGCUGAACACCUGUGCUUACAGGGAGAACGCCAAGGAGCGCGGUGAUUUCUACAACUUCUCACUUCACAAAAGCAACAGCCCGUACACAGCCACCAGCCAGUCGCGCAAGAGGGGAAAUUUCAAGUGUCGCUACUGCGGUAGAUUCUUUGUCUACCUGACACCUUUCAUCGCCCAUGAAGAGGCACACACCAAUGAGAAGCGCUUCCGCUGCUACUUUUGCCCCGAGGCCUUUGUCACCCGCCAGCUGUUGACCAUCCACCUCCGUAUCCACAAGGACGAGAUACUUGGCGACAACGACAACGCGCCAUAAGAGUGAAUGUAGGCAUGGUGGUGGGGGGGGGGGGGGAUUCCGGCUUCACAUCUCUGAAUUCAUGGUGGCAACCACUGCGGGCAAUGAAGUUGCAGCCAUUGGCCCACAUAAGCAAGCCCUUCAUCAUGCUGCGUUUUCCAGUGAUCCAAGACUGUCCAGAGUGCGUUGUGCAAUGUUGUGUAUGGAUGGCGACCUGCUGCUUUGGCAUAAGUGGAUGCAUGCCCUGUUCAUCUAGGUUCAACUGCGCAGUUCUGCUGCUUAAUCUUAACUGCAUGUGUCACUUCAUGGAUGUGCACAGCAGAUCUUUUGGAGUGCACAAAUACUUGUCGACACAUACUACUUUGCAUCUGUGCGCAGUGCCCUCUAUCACCUGAGCAGCAGAAAGUGCAUUAUGCACGUUGGCAGUGAUUUGGAUGCCAGCUUUUUCCACAGAAACUCCUUAGCUUUACAUCUUUCCUAAAGCAUGAAGAAGAGCAUACGAGUGAGCUGUGCUUUCCCCGGUGCUUUUUGAAGCUGUUGCUCAGCGGGCACAUGUACAACCACCAUGGGUGGCGUCUGAUGUUCAACAGCACUACUUAUGUGGCAGCCUGUCUUAUCUUGGGGAAAGCUUAAUGGAAAUUAUUUAUAGUGCAAUCCACUUAUACCCUCAAGUGUGCCCUUAGGUGCUAGGCUUUCUGCAAACCGUGUAGAUUCAUUCAUGUGUUAGUGUCCUGUUUCGCUUAUCAGUGUGCUUAUCAGUUUCGCUUGUCAAUAUAGGCCUUGGAACUUCCUCUGUUAGUGCUGUGCCAGUGAUAACUUUGCCAUGAUUAGGCGUGCACUCUGCGAAGUGCUUGCCCGGCUGCUGCACUGUAUGUGCACCACCAAACAGAAUCUGGCCUAGGUUGGGAUCCAGAUGUGUCUUUCAGUACCGUGCAGUGACUGCCUGUCUAAUUGUUUGCCAACUAGAUGGGACCUAAUAGUCAUUUCUAAACUGACGACUAUGGCAUAGCUGGUGGUUUGAUGUUUUGUACUAAUAGUGUAAUUUUUAUUAGUGUGACUAGUAAGCUGUUGGGCUAGUUGGUGUGAUUAAUGAAUGAAUGAAGUAAUGUGAUGCUUUAACACUAAUGUCAUCACAUGGUCUCAGAACCAUUGUUGCCGCUAGGUGUAGAUGAGCAGCCAUACGAUUGAGGCUCUCUGGCAACCACGUGAUACUGGUCUGUGGAGCAUCUCAUCAUGCCUUGUUACCUUGUUCACCGUACGGAGUUUUAUAUAAGCAAUGUGUGAGCUAAGUGCCUUUUCAGAAAUUAUGCUACUUACUUUUUUUUUAGAAGGAAGGGGGUUAACCAAGGGGCCCGAUUUUUAUUAAUCAUAUCAUGAGAAGCCAACAAGCAAUGACACCAAAGAAAACAUAGGGGAAAUUACUUGUACUUACUAACUGAAUUAAAGAAAUGAUAAAU